CCGGAACCUUGCUGGGAGGAUCGCGGGCCAGUGGCCCUCAUCCCCGCCUCGGCAUCCGCCGCUGACGUCGCGUGAGAAGUCUGGGGAGGGAGGAGCUCCGAAAGGCGGGCUCGGGUGGCCGGCAGCGCCUGGGAGGGCCAGGUCGGAGAGAGGAAGCUCCUCCCCUGUGCGCCCCGCCGCCGCAGAGUUGACCAGUCUCUAGAAGAGAAGAGUCCGCUCCGGCUCCGGAUAAGCAGCGGCUUGGCGUGGGCUGCGCGGAGAAUGGACGGCCUCAUGACCUCAUGUCCAGCAGGCUGUAGGGCCUGCCGAGCCGGCUCGCGCAGGGGAUGGAGCCACGGGAGCGGCGCCGCGGGAGCGGCGGGCACUUCCGGAAUCGAUCGGCUGCUUGAGUGCCCGCGCCACCCGCUACCAUGAACGAGGAGGCCAUCUGCAGCGUCCUGCCCACCAUCUCGUACCACAAGCUCGCCGACUUGCGCUACCUGAGCCGCGGCGCGUCCGGUACCGUGUCUUCUGCCCGCCACGCAGACUGGCGCGUUCGGGUGGCCGUGAAACACCUGCACAUUCACACCCCGCUGCUCGACAGUGAAAGAAAUGAUGUCUUAAGAGAAGCUGAAAUUUUACACAAAGCUAGAUUUAGUUACAUUCUUCCAAUUUUGGGAAUUUGCAAUGAGCCUGAAUUUUGGGGAAUAGUUACUGAAUACAUGCCAAAUGGGUCAUUAAAUGAACUCCUACAUAGGAAAAAUGAAUAUCCUGAUGUUCCUUGGCCAUUAAGAUUUCGUAUUCUGCAUGAAAUUGCACUAGGUGUAAAUGACCUGCACAAUAUGAAUCCUCCUCUACUUCAUCAUGACCUGAAGACUCAGAAUAUCUUAUUGGAUAAUGAAUUUCACGUUAAGAUUGCAGAUCUUGGCUUAUCAAAAUGGCGCAUGAUGUCCCUCUCACAAUCACGAAGUAGUAAAUCUGCACCAGAAGGAGGGACAAUUAUCUAUAUGCCACCUGAAAACUAUGAACCUGGACAAAAAUCAAGGGCUACUAUCAAGCAUGAUAUAUACAGCUAUGCAGUUAUCACAUGGGAAGUUUUAUCUAGAAAACAGCCUUUUGAAGAAGUCACCAAUCCUUUGCAGAUUAUGUAUAGUGUGUCACAAGGACAUCGACCUGACACUAAUGAAGAAAGUUUGCCAUUUGAUAUACCUCAUCGAGCACUUAUGAUCUCUCUAAUAGAAAGUGGAUGGGCACAAAAUCCAGAUAAAAGACCGUCUUUCUUAAGUUAGUGUACAGUUUUAAUCUGGGCCUUUUGAAUUACAAAAAUAACAAAUACACUGUAAAUAAAAUAUUCCU